CUCGGAGUAAACUGAAGCUAAAAAGCGGGCGGUCAAAGUUCGGAGCUGAAGCUGCGACGUCACGCGGCGUGGUUGGAGGAGAGUGGCGCACAUGUGGGCACCUCUGAGCGGGGAGGUGAUCGUGAGGAGGCGCAGCGCUGGCGCACAUUAGGAGAGCGAAGCUGUGGAGAUGCAGCUGACGACUUCCGGAGGGACUUUCGGUGGAACCAACGCGACCGAGCCGACAUGGACGACUCCACACCCGAGCACCCCUCGUCUGUCCCAGCUGUCGUCCGUGCAGAUCGCGGUGCUCUGCGUGUCUGUGUUUUUUCUCAUUCUUCUGAUCCUGGAUUAUGUCAUCAAACGGAAGGACACUGAUGGUUGCAGGCUUGACUCCUGCCAGAGGAGACGAGCAGAGAUGGACUCUCGAUCCCAGUACAGCAGCAGACAGACGCUGGUUGGGCCGACUUACUUGGAGCAGGCGAACAACAUCCGCACUGAGGUUGGGGAGCCCUUCUGCGUUGGCUCGCCCUCCAGCUACAGACUGCCCGCUCUCCAGUGCACGGGGCUCCCAGGACUGACCACUCCUGCCUCCAGACUGCCCUCCUACGAGAGCGUCCGUAAGAAAGAUCGCCAGAGGCAGAUCCACAUGCUGAUCGCCAACCGCUUCGGCCUCAGCGCACCGGAGCCGCCUCCAACAUAUGAAGAAACCAUCCGUCAGUCUGUGGAGCUGCCAUACCACAUUCUCGCAUCCACUUUGGACAUUUCUCCUUCUCAGAACCCCAGAGUGGAGCCCGGCCCACCUCCAGCACAAGACACCUCCGUCGUUCAUGUGUGAGACUGAUGUCGUCGCUCAAGUGCCAAAGAUGAGAUGUUGAAAUCUCAGUUCCACACAAAUCCCCGCGUGUGCAGGGGAAGCUCGUCCGUCCCUCGGUUUCUGGGCCAAAGAUGAGCCAAGCUGUGAUGUGUGAUUUGGGAAUGUGAUGGUGUGUUUUGCUCCACAUUAUUGUCUUUUAUGCAACUUUGUCUUGUGUUUAGGGGCUCAUCAUUGUUCACUAAUAAAAGGUGC